UGCGCAUUCUGCUCGUUGGUGUGCAUCUCCGCAUGAGAAGUGUACAGAGAAUUACUUGCAAUCAUCUCCAUAGAAUCUAAGUAAGGCUUAGAUGUGGCGAUAAGUUUCGGCCUCUACAGAGGACCGCUCUCAAGGAAAAUUGCCGCGUGUUUGUUAAAUUAUAAUGUAUAUUUCUCACGAUCAUUAUUUAUGCUGAAUGCAUCUAUCAACAAAAGUUUUUCUUUAAGUGUUUCUGAUUAAGUUGUUAUUAUUGUGUUUUUGUGUAAUAAACUGUAUUAAGUAUUGUAUUACAAUAAUUUCGAAACACAUAUGUAAAUAAAUAGAUCCAUCCAAGUAACAGGAGGACAAGUGUAUUGACAUAGGUUUGUGAUUGUGAUUGGGACGAGAUGAGAGGAUGUUUGCACAAGUCGGCGCAGGCGCGCGCAGCAAAACUGUGCGUCGUGAGCGUGCGCAGUGCAGUCAGUUGUGCGCCGGCGCAGUGAGCGAGCGCGGCCGGGUCACGUUGCUAGUUCGCGAGUUUUGUGUUCUCUUCGGGAUGAGGUUGCACACGGCGCUGGCGGUCCUCGCCAUCGGCGCAUGCCUGUCCGGGGCGCGGGGCCAGCGCUACUUCGGCAAGGAGCUGGGCGCGCUGUCGGAGCUGCACCACGGCGUGCGGGGCCGCGUGUUCGCGGUCGACUCGCGGACGCUGUUCCUCAAGGACUUCCACUACGACGGCGAGGGCCCAGCCGCGUACUUCUACGUGGGAUCCUCCAAGAGCCCCUCAUCUUCAGGCGGUCUGCGGCUGCGCGACGAGCGCGGCGGCAGCAGCCCCCUGAGGCGGUACCGCGGCGAGGGCGUCACGCUGUCCCUCCCGGACGGCAAGACGCUGCGGGACGUCAAGUGGUUCUCUGUUUGGUGCGACGAGUUCUCGGUGAACUUCGGAGACGUGUCGAUCCCGCGCGACCUGGAGUUCCCCAAGCCGGCCAAGGUGGGCGCGCUGCGCGGCGUGCACGGCGUGUCGUCGGACGCCGUCGUGGUGGUCGACGCGCAGACCCUGCUCGUGCCCAACUUCUCGUACGAUGGCGAAGCGCCAGAUGCCAAGUUCUGGGUUGGGCGCGGAGACAAGCCGUCUCCGCAAGGAAUCCGCAUCCCCGAUGAGAACGGCAAGGAGGCGCCGUUGAGGAAGUACGACCGCAAGACCAUCGUGCUCACUUUACCUGGGGAGCUGACGGUGUUCGACAUCGGCCACUUCGCGGUGUGGUGCGAGGCGUUCACCGUGAACUUCGGUCACGUGACGCUGCCCCGCAGCCAGCUCGCCAACGUCCCGCCCAGCCUUAAGAUGCUCGGCGUCUCGCCACAGUCGAAGCUGAACUGCGAGGUGCUGCACGACGAGCUGGCGUUCGAAGUGAGAUGGGCGGUCGCCGGGGACAGCAUCGUGCUGCAGCUCGUCGGGAAACUCGAGGAUGGCGAGUACAUGUCGUUCGGCAUCUCCGGCGACCCGUCGCACUCGCAGAUGGUGGGCGGCGACGUGGCGGUGGCGUGGGUGGACAAGGCCACGCUGAAGGGCUACGCUGUCGACUACUAUCUGGACGCGAAGAGCCAGUGCGCGGGGGUCAGGGGCUCCUGUCCUGACGAGAGGCUUGGGGAGAAGACCAACUCUAUUCGGCUGCUGAACGCCGCCCUCGUCAACGGCUACUCCAUCGUGACCUACCAGCGCAGCUUGAAGGCCGCAGACGAACUGGACCGCGCGGUGCUCACUAACACCAGCCAGCCCGUGAUCUGGGCGCUCGGACCUCUCAACUCCAGGAACGAAGUGUCGUACCACCAUCACUUUACAAAGGGUGACAAAUUCAUCGAAUUCGGUCGAGCGCCAGUGUGGAACUGCCCGAUGCCGGAGAAUGAGGAAGAUAGACAGGAGCCGCCGCGCAGGGACCCGCCGUCCAGGCAGCCGGAGGCUAACAAAGCAGUAAUUAAGCCGAACCCCGUGCCCACGCCGCGACCGGUGCCCCGCGCCCAGCCGUGGGACAUCCCCGCGAUCCAGUGCUACGAGCCCCCGGACGGCGUGUUCUACGCGCAGAUGGGACCCACCGGGGGGAAACAAGGAUAUUCUGCUAUCACAGGUCACGUAGGCUGGGGCAUCUCCUGGUACAUCAACGGGCUGCUCAUUCCCGAGAUCAAUGUGGUCCGCGGCAAGAAGUAUACGUUCGUGGUGGAGGGCGGCUCCAACCCCGACGUGCCCGCUCGGUACCACCCCUUCUACAUCACUAACGACCCUGUUGGUGGCUACUUGCAUAGGAGCGACGAAGAGAAGAAGAAUUUAGAAAUCUACGCCGGUGUGCGUCGCUCGCGUAGCGGCGAGUUGAUACCGACUGGCGUGGGCCGGCUCUGCAACUGGACGCCGGACCCCAACGGGCCCGGAGCUGACGAGUACCCCAGCUUCGGUGCCUACCAGAGGUCACUGACCCUCGAGUGCGAGCCCGGAAACCCCGGCAUCGUCACGUGGACUCCAGAUAGAAGCACCCCUGAUACUGUGUUUUACCAGUGCUUCACCCACCGUUACCUUGGGUGGAAGAUAAAUGUGGUCGAUGAGUGUGACGCGGCCGAAGCCGAGGAGAGCCGCGUGGUCGCACAUGUCGCGCCGGCCGAUCUCGCCGGAGAGGAGUCAGUUCAGGUACAUAGCCGUGUCCCUCCUCCUGACUCUAAUUUUAUAGAUCAGCGCACGAAAGUUGAAAAAAUAAUCAAUACGAAAACAAAUUAUAACGGUUUCAGUAGUAAGGGUGACGUCCUUACGGGGGAGAUGGACACGGUGAGGAUCCAGCAGCCGACUCAGGAGUUCGAAUUGCCCGUAUCUACUGGACAAAUCAAGGACGUAAUACAAGCCGUGGAGAAUAUUGAGAAUAUGAUGAAGGAUGAAAUGCGCAGAAAUCUAACCCAGCCGCAGAAGUUCUCACAGUAUCAGGUUCACGAAGAUGUCAAAGAUUUCUACUUGCCAGAACAACCUUUAGGCGAAGACGAAGAAUACUUUGUUGAAGCGACAAAGCGGCCAGAUUACAUAAUACAGAACAACCAACAACCGCUGACAUUACAAUCUGUAUUACGACCCAACGCCCUAAACAAACAGGGUCCCGUUAGACCUCCUUUCAGACGACCAGUUCCACCUGAGAUAAAAGUGCGCAGACCUCCUUAUCACCCAAAAGGUAAUCCAGGAUAUCCUCUACCAAUGCCCACAAACGUAUACGGCCCACAUGGAGUUCCAAAGAAACCUAUGCCACAAAAGUAUCCAAAUAACCCACGACCAAACAAUAUGAAUCGCCCGCUUCCACCAAGUAUUCCUCCGAUGAAAGCGAUGCCACCACUUAUGCAUCACAACAAGCCACUUUUUAGUCCAAAUAAACAAGGUCCGAUGAAGACUGCAAAUAAUAAUCCAUCACAAGCCAUAAUAAUGGGUAAACCUGGUCAAAGCUCUAUUAUUCAACCUACUCAAGGUCACACAUUAAUAAAAACCAAAACUAAUGUUAUUACAAAUCAAGUUGUAAAAAGUCAAAUGACACUACCUAGUUCAAAUGAACCUGUAAUUACGCACAGUAACCCGUCUGCAUUUUUAAGUAAACCGGGACAGAUAAUUUUGGGUAAACCGAUGGACCAUCCACAGCCCUUAGAUCAACAGAUGAUCCCAACUAAACUUCAAAACUACCAAGCAGCUUCAACUCCGGGGCCAGAGUUUUAUCAGUCUACUUUGCAAAAUUUUAGAAUUGAAUCAUAUCAACAGCAAAAUCCCAUCUUGAAUUAUGGAAUUGAAGAUGAACAACAAAAUGAAAUUAAGUUGUCAGAUUUUCUUGGCGAAUCAGUACCUGAAACACCUUUAAAACCCGCUGUAAAUACUGGAUUUCAGCCUGACACAAUUGUAAUUGAAAGUGGAUUCAAACCAAUCAUUAGAGAGCCUUUAAUGGCCGGUGAAGACAGAAUUGCUGGUGCUGAUGUCGGUUCUAAUAGGCGAGAAGAUACUGAUAUCGAAGAGGAUUAUGAGGAGUCACCGCAGUAUAUAAAUCAUAAACCUUCAAAUAUAGUAUCGAGUGAAAAAAUGACAGAAACUUUUGAACCAAUGUUCAUACCAUCUCCUCCAGAUCACUUGUUACCUACUAACGAUAGAACAAAAGAAGUAUUUCCGAAAAAUCAUGCUAAAGAAGAUAGACCGCACCCAGUGUAUGUUAAAACCGAGGAAGAAUUAAACGCUCUAUUUAGUAAAGAAAAUAUGGAAAAAGAAGUACCUUCUGAUUUAGUAAUGGCAUCUGAUAGGGUAAGUUCACACUAUCUUCCUCCUGAUCCAAAGAUGACUGUAGAGCAAUCACAAAAGUUGUCAAUGGUAAAAGAACAACCAACAUUUACAACAUAUGAUGGAAAGAAGAUAUCGGCAACCACUUUGGUGACAGUUCCAGAUAUCAAAAAUAUUCCAAAGUUAUAUUCUUCAAAACUGCCUUCAAAUACUGAAUUGCUACUAAAGACUCCACAAUUUGGUCCAUUCAAAGGGGAAAUACCCCCGUUACUGAGUAAUCCGUCUACUACAGAUUUAACCAGAGAUCAAAUGCCAGCGUCUUCAGAAUAUCUAACAACACGACUUAAACUUGUUAAUGUUUUUGAAGAAAGUGAUGAAUCCGUUGAUGAUUUAAAAGGAGAAGCCAGUGAGUUACAGGAAGUCACAGAAAAUGUCAGUGUAAAUGUCACUGAGGAGGAUGAAGAAACCAAGGAAGUUAGUAAAGACAGGAUAGCAAACAAGGAAAGGAAAAAACGAGAUACAAGUAAAGAUUUUGAUCAGGUCCAAGAGAAAGUAUUGACUAAUGGUCACAGUAUGAAAGACAAUCACGAGAAACCUGUCUCCGCAGCGGGCAGGGUUCUGUCUCAUUGGACGCAUGUAGUGUUAAUAGCGUUAUGUUUAAGGUUCGUUUGAGGAUGUAAUAAUUUAACUUAUUUAUUGGUACUUAUGUAAACCUUGCCAUUUUCGCAUUUCGUUUGUCCUUGUGGGUGGCUGUGGGAUGUCUUGCGUUAGGGCUUCAGUCGGAGCCGUGUCUCUCACCUGUUACCACUUUGUUACGUGUGUAAUGCAAUCAAUACUCCGUUAGUGUAAGAAUUUUUGUAAAUAUUCUUUUUCUAAUAAAUAAAUAAAUUAGUUUUGUAAUUUA